AUGAAGAAUCUGCUCACUGAGAAGUGUGUAUCAAGCCACUGGUUGAAUUUUCAUCAAAAAGGGAUUAAGUGGAGAAUGGAGAGGAAGGUUGAUUCCAGGUCUUCAAGGGAUGGUGCAGUUAAGAAACCUUAUUCUCCAAAGAUGAUGUCCAAAAAGAAGUCUUCUGCCUUUUCUGGGAUCUGGAGUGAGACACCUAGGGCCAGGCACCCUGUACAGUAUCAUCCCUCAUAUGCCUGGACCCGAAGGGGCCGGCUAAGAGAACUGCGCAUCAGAUGCAUGGCCAGAAAGUUCUUGUAUUUGUGGAUUCGAAUGACUUUUGGAAGAGUAUUUCCCUCUAAAGCCAGGUUUUACUAUGAGCGAAGAAUUCUGCAGAAAGUCUUUGAAGAAUGGAAAGAAGAGUGGUGGGUUUCCCAUCGAGAGUGGAAACUCCGUGUUCGAGCUGACUGUCACUAUAGAUAUUACUUGUAUAACCUGAUGUUCCAAACCUGGAAGACCUACGUGCAUCAGCAGCAGGAGAUGAGGAACAGGUACCUGAGAGCCGAGGAUCAUGAUGCAAGACAAAAGAUGCGACAGGCCUGGAAGUCCUGGUUGAUCUACGUGGUUUUUCGUAGGACCAAACUUCGGUUGCAGACCACCGCCCUGGAGUUCAGACAGCGGAGUAUUUUGUGGGUGUGGUGGAGCAUGUGGAGACGGCAGCUGGGACAGGUUCACCUGGGCCGUGCCCUCCAUGCCUCGGCUGUGAAGCACAGGGCCCGGAGCCUCCAGCUGCAGGCUUGGUCACGGUGGCAGGAACAGCUUUUGCAUGUCUGGAAGGAGAGGCAGAAGAUGGUCUCCGCAGUGAAACACCAUCAGCACUGGCAACAGUGGAGAGCCCUGAGGGCCUGGCUGGAAUACCUGCAGGUGCGCAGAGAGAAGAGGCAGCGGAAAGAGACGGCUGAGGGAUUCCACUGCGUCAUUGUGCUCCAGACACACUUCUGUGAUUGGCGGUGGGCCUGGAAGCGAAGGGAGAGCUUGUACAUCCACCACGAGCGGGUAGAGAGGCUGGCCAGGAUGAUGGUGCUGCGGAGGGCCUUUAUUCACUGGAAACACUACGUGCUGCUGUGCGCAGAGACAGCUGUGCGGCGGAAGGUGGCAGAAGAGCACCACAGGCGAGGCUUGCUGCAUUUUUGCUUUAGAGCCCUAAAAGACAAUGUGGCCCGUGCCCGUCUCCAACGAAUAAGAAGGAAUCUUGCUCACCAGCAACAUGAUGUCACGCUGCUGCACAGGUUCUGGAACCUCUGGCAGUCUCAGCUUGAACAGAGGGAGGAAAGUGAGCAGCUCCCCUUCCUGUGUGCUGCCUGGGACCACUACAGAAUAACAUUGCUACGCAAGUGUUUCAAAUUGUGGUUGCAGUAUACUCAGAAGAGGCGAUCCCAGCAGCUGUUGCAGGCCAGAGCAGACAGUCACUUUCAGCGGAGAGCCCUCCCUGGGGCCUUCCAGGCAUGGAGAAGGCUCUGGCAGUGGCACCAGCAGGAGAGAGUCCUCUACGCCAGAGCAGCACGCUUUCACAGGGUGAUGUUAGAGAAGCAGUUGUUUGCACUUUGGUGUCAGAAGAUAUCUCAGCAUCGAGAACACCGCUUGGCAGAGAGAAUGGCCAUACUCCACGCAGAGCGGCAGUUUCUGCGGAGGUCCUGGUCCACGUGGUGCCAGCAAGCAGUAGCACAUCGCCUGGAGUGGCAGCGACAAGCAGUGGCCUGUGCCCACCACCGCCUCAGGUGGCUCAGGAAGGCUUUCUGUGUCUGGAGAGAGAGUGCCCGAGGGCUCAGAACAGAGAGGACGGGCAGGGCACGGGCUGCACGGUUCCACGCGGCACAGCUCCUGUGUUGGGCCUGGAGCAGGUGGAGGGAGCACCUGGCCCUGCACAGUGCCGAGCAGCAGAAGCUGAUGCGAGCCGACCUGCAUUGCCAGCGCACCUUGCUGUACAGGGCGCUGCAGACCUGGGGGGUUUACCAGAGCCGGGUGCGGAGCGUCCUUCAGGAGGUGGCAGCCAGGGAGAGCUGGCACGAGAGGCGGCUGCUGCGGAGUGCAUUACGUCGCUGGAGAGAGAAUGCCGUGGCCCAAGCGGACGAAGCAAAGAAAGCCUCUCGAGCAGCAGCUCAUUACAGAAGGACCCUGUGCUCCAAGGUCCUGAUCGCGUGGCGGGAGGCAGUGUCAGUGCAGAUAUACUACCGACAGCAGGAGGGCCAGGCUGUCAGGGACGCCCAGGUGGCGCUGAAUAGGGGCUGUCUCAGGACCUGGUUUCGGCGCUGGAGGGACCGCAGCUGGAGCGCAGCCCAGCAGAGGGUCCAGAUGGAGAGGGUCGCGCAGCAUUACCGCCGGCAGCUGCUGCUGCAGGCCAUGGCCCGGUGGAAGGUGCACCAUCUGAGCUGCAUCAGGAAGAGGCUUCUUCAGAGACAGGCUGCCCGACUCCUGGCCCAGACACUCAGCCGGACCUGCUUCCACCAGUGGAGACAGCAGCUGGCGGACAGGAGGCGGGAGCAGCAGGACACGGCGCGGGCCCUGUGGUUCUGGGCCUUCUCACUACAGGCGAAGGUCUGGGCUGCAUGGCUCGGCUUCGUGCUGGAGAUGAGGAGAAAGAAGGUGCGGCAGGAGCGGGCAGUGCAGGCCUACCACCAGCAGCUCCUCCGGGAGGGCGUCAUGCGCCUCCUGUGCUUUGCAGCGGGCAUGAAGGCCUUCCGGCAGCAGCUGCACACCCAGCAGCAGGUGCAGGCGGCCCACAGUCUCCACCGCGUGGUCCGUCGCUGUGCCAUGCUCUGGAAGCAGAAGGCACUGGGCCUGGGCAGAGAGCCUCAGCCCCCUACGUCCACUGUGUGCAGCAGGAGAGUGACAUUUGAGGGUCCCCUUCCCAGCCACCUUGCUGCUGGGGCUGGCGAUGCCUCCCCGGAGACCAAGAGGAUAACAGCUCCUCGUGGGCUUCGGGGAGCUCUGGACAGCCUGGCGUCGGCCACUGGGGACACCCAACUCCUGGAGCUGAAUGCUGCCCGCUGGGCAAGAAAGCAACCGCGACGCCCAAGCUUCCUGCUAGAGCCCAUUGAGAGCCAGACGCCCCUGGGGCCUGAGGCACUGUGGGAGCAUGGCCUAGGUGAGGUCCAGCCAAUAGGCCUUGCACUGACAACACCCUUCCUGGCAAAGGCCCAGACAGCACUGGACCCAAGCAGCCCCCUGCCAAGCGCCUCUGGCCUGAAGCCCCCGCCCACAGUGAGUACAGGCCUGGAGCUGUUGCCCCCUUCUUCCUUCAUGCUGCGUGGGGCAGAAGCACACACCUGGGCAUCAGCCCAGCCAACGAUACCUGGGCUUAAGUCCCAGGCCCCUUCAUCCCUGGCCAGUGUCCCCAACCCCCGCCUACUCCUUCCUGGGGACUUCACAGGCACCAGGCCUGGGCCUGGCUCUGACACUGCAGCUUAUUCUCCUAUUGCCACUGGCCACAUGGACCUGGAGGCUGAGCUUGAGGGCAUCCAGCAGCAACUGCAGGACUACCAGACCACGAAGCACAACCUCAGGUCCUGCCAACGGCAAGCAAGUAGCCUGCGGCAGUGGCUGGAGCUGAGCCAGGAGGAGCCCAGGCCAGAGGACCAGGAAGCAGAGCAGCAGGUUCAGGAAGAACUGCAGGAGGUGGAAGCGCAGAUCCAGCAGCUGGCCUCCAAGUUGCAGGCCCAGCGCCAGCCCAUCCGCACCUGUAUCGCCCGCAUCCAUGCCCUGCGGCAGGCUCUGUGCUAG